AUGGCUACGGAGACUCGCAACAUGGGUGUUGUUGAAACUGAACUCCAAUACCAACUCACGCCCGAAAAUGGCGGCACAGAUGAGAUCUGRCCAGGCUUGGUCAAAGCACUUCGUGUUCCCCGAGUUCUAGUCAAGUCGACGGUGACGGAUGUCCGUGGUCAUGAAUCAGACUAUUCGCUACACAAGCAAGGGUUCCAAUGGGUCAACUGGCCAACCCCUCAGAAGACAUGGGACGACGACGAGGACAUCAAGAAAGGCUACUACCCUGACUGCGAAGCCCUUCUGAAGAAAGCUGCGGGUGCGUCUCAUGCCUACGCUUUCAAUCAUGUCCUACGCAGUGAGGACUGGAACACAGUCAUGAAAGAUAUCGAACAAUACAAAGACAAUGAUCUGGAGUCGCGUUCAGCCAAUAACCGCUACAUCCACUGCGACUAUUCCUACCGAGGAGCAGAGCAAUUCUACCAGAGACUCGUCGUCAAUGGACCAAGAGAGGAUCUCAGGCGUCUGGCCGCGAAACCUAGGUGCCGUUGGGCUCUGAUCAACCUCUGGCGUCCUCGCCACACCAUCGAACGGGACGCUCUAUGCGUGGCGGACGCUCGCAGCAUCAAGGACGAUGAGCUCGCUGAACAAACCAUUCGUUGGUUGAAGCCCGAGGAUCUCACCGAAGAGCAGAAGAACCACCACAACAUCGGCAAGUAUCAAGCGGGAGCGCCAGAUACGUACCUUUGGGCGGUAAAACCUCCCGCGGAUCCAACGACCCACAAGUGGUACUAUGCUUCUCGAAUGACCCCAGACGAGGCACUACUAUUCAAAAUGUAUGAUUCCAGGGACGAUGGACAAGCUAGAAGGGUACCACAUACAUCUUUCCAAAGCAAAUUUGAUAAUGGACCGCCAAGGCAGAGCGUGGAGCUGCGAGCGUUUGUAUUCUGGGAAGAUGAGGCCGGGGAUGUGUGA